AUGUUCUCGAGGCGUGCAGUCGCUGUUGUUGUUGUGCGAAGGAACAUCACUGUGUUGUCAUCAUCCAUUCGAUGUUCGACAAGUACGACUACUACUACUACUACUACUUGGGUGAAUUCCAAUUAUCGGAAAGAUUCAUCAUCGAUAACGUCAUCAACCAACAAGAUUCACUAUCAUUCAUCAUCCUUUCAAUCCUCAUCAUCAUCACCACCACCCUCUACUAUUAAUAUAUUAUAUUUUGCAAUGAGAUUUCCAGAAUUAUCUGCCACAGCAAGUUCAGUUCGAAUUUAUCAACUAUUAGAAUCAUUCAAACAAUUACCUUAUUAUUUAAAUCACACCACUCGAGAUUUAAUACAUGAAUUUAAUCACAAAAGGAUGAAUCAUUCUUGUCAUUCCGAUAUGAAGAGUGAAACAAAUUCUUGUCAUUUCAAUGAUGAUCAUGUGAACAAUAAGAAUCCUAUUGAACUCAAUAAUACCACCACAACCAAUACUACUGCUACUACCAAUACUACUACCAAUACUAACAACAACAACCAUAAUAAUAAUAGUAUAGCUACUAUUACUACUACUUCUAACACAACUACUCUCAAUGUCACAUUCAUUACACCUCAAUCCAUUCAUUCUCUUCAUGCUCAACAAUUUUAUAAUGAUUUUAAAGAUCAAUUUACAUCCUUUCAAUUAAAAACUAUAGAAAGUAAUGAUUUGACAAGUAUGGAUGAAUUUUUAAAAGAAUAUUCAAGUAUACUUCCCCAUAAAAGUACAUUAAAUUUAUGUAUUUUUGAUACCAUGAUUAGUGAAGAAAUUUAUAGUUUUAGAGUUCGAGAAGUAUUAGAAGGUUCUUUUUAUCAUCACCAUAAUUACAAUCACCACAACAAUUACAGCAACCAUCACCAUGACCAUCAUCACAGUACAACUCUAUUCAUUACUGAUACACAAGAUUUGAGAAGUGUGAGAAAUUUUAGAAUGGAACAAUUAAAUCAACAACAACAACAACAUGAUGCAUCAUUUUUUGUUUCAAUGGAUCUACCCAAUGCUACCAAUGAAUUACUAUUAAGAGAAUUAUCAUCCAUCUAUCGAAGUGAUUUGUCACUCAUUGUGAGUCGAGAUGAAUUGAAUUAUUUAAUUCAUUUUUAUGGAAUUCCAAAACAAAAGUUAGGAAUGGCAUCUUUUUUUUAUUCAUUCAAUCAGAAACAAAUGACAUCAUCAUCUCCAGAAGAAAUGUCUUCUACCUCUCAUCCAUCAUAUUCCUCCUCUUCUUUUACUUCUUCAUCACAUUCUUCUUCUUUUACUUCUUCAUCACAAUAUUCUUCUUCCUUUCAUUCACGUCAUCAUUUCAUGACAAUUGGAAAUGGUCAUCAUCCUCCAAAUAAGGAUUCCAUUUAUUACAUGAGACAUUAUGUAUGGCCAUUCAUACAUUCAAAAUUACCAAAUGCUGAAUUUCAUAUCUAUGGAGCUUAUUUAUCAAAUCAAUCACAACUCUCUUCCAAAUCAUUGAAUUUUUAUGUGAAAGGAAAAAUGAAGGACUUGAAUGAAAUGUCUAAAUAUAGAGUGAAUUUGGCCAUGUUGAGAGCUGGUGCUGGAAUUAAGGGUAAAAUUGCAGAUGGAUGGAUGUAUGGAUUACCAUGUGUGUCCACACUCAUUGGAUAUGAAGGAAUGAAUUUGGAGAGUGGUAUUUGUGGUGAUAAGGGUGGUGGUGGUGGUGGUGUGUAUGGUUGUUCAAGUGGUGAUAAGGGUGGUGGUGAUAAUGAUAAGGGUGGUGGUGAUAAUGAUAAGGGUGGUGGUGACAGGACUGAUAGCAGCACUACUACUCAUACUCCUCCAUCUUCAUUCCUAUGGGGUGGUCUUAUUGCACAUUCCAUGGAUGAAUUUGUAUCACAUGCUCACUCUCUUUACACCAAUGAAGAAUUGUGGAUUCAAACAUCAAGACAAGGAUUUCAUUUACUCUCACAAUUAUUCUCUCAAGAGUUGAAUACUCAUCAUUUAUUAUUAGAUAUUAAGAGAGUGUAUGAAUUGAAGAUUUUAAAUAAGAAGAAUAGUUAUAAUAGUAGUAGUAGUAGUUGUAGUAGUUGUAGUGGUAAUAAUAGUAGUAGUAAUGGUACUUAUAGUAAUGGUUGUGAUGUGAAUGGUCAUUUUAAUACUGUACUACCACUGGCCAAGAUGAGAGGAGAUCACUCUUACUAUUCUGCACCCUAUAAUUAUGUUCAACACAUCUUGGCAUUGAAUCAAUAUCGAACAAGUCAUUACAUGGCUAAAUAUAUUCAUGAAAAGAAUAAGAAAAAGAAUGAUGAAUAA